AUGUUCCCUCAUUCUCGCCCAGAGACCCAAGAAGACGAAAUCCGAUGGAUGACAUGCAAUUUCAAACAUAGUUUGGAAGAAGACAGUUCCAACUUCCGCAAAAUCUGUACUGAAGACGGGACUCCCGUCGGAUUUGCUGGCUACACUGUCCUGAAUAACACGGUUCAAAAUAAGAGUCAGAGAGGCCAGGUAGAACUUCGUCCUAAUCCUGAGCCCGAGACACUGGAUAAGGAUACAUGGUCAGAAGUCUCCAAGAUGCUCAUGGCAGAGCAAGAACGGGUAAUACAUCGGCAUGAAAAUAUCUGGUCGCUCACUAUCGUGGUUGUGAAUCCACUGUACCAGCGCCGUGGUAUCGGCUCUAUGCUUAUGCAAUGGGCAUGCGAAGAGGCCGACAAAGCUCAUAGAGAUGGUAUUUUGCUAGCCUCCCCGGCAGGGAUUCAGCUGUAUACCAAGUUCGGCUUCGAGAAAGUGGGCGAAGUGAGAACAGCGAAAGGGUCACUUCACAGCAUGUUACGGAAGGCGCAAGAUAAUGGAUACGCUUAG